AUGCCUCAGUCUAGCUCUUACGCCUCGAAACGGAUCCCGAAGAGCUCCGGGAAAAAACCCCACCCCUCUGCAACCCCCGAAUCCAGCAUCAUGCGACACCUCGAUAUGUCUUCCAAGGCUGCCACCCAUCCUCGAAAGGCGGGUAGCAGCCGUCCGAUAACCCAAGCCUCAGACCGAAAACGACGAGCCUCAUCGGUCUCGAGUGUAUCAUCUGUGUCUUCCCUAGAGGAAAUGAGCGACGAGGCGGAUGACUCGGAAGACGACGCGGACGAUGAAGAAGACCGGCCAUUGGCCCGGGUCCGGGCUUUUGCUCGUCGCCGCGAAAAUGCCCGGAAAACGGGUCAUCAAAAUAUCAAAAACAAAAGAAGACGGGUCUCGGAUGACGAAGACUCCGAGGGCCCCAUGAGCAGCAAUGCCAGUGACUCGGAUGAGAGCUCGGAUGAUAUAUAUGCUGCUGUGGACUACAUCACAGACGCCGAUGAUGAAGACCAGGACGUCGAAAAGUUAGAAGAGAUGAUGAUUAUGCGGUCUGAAAAGGACCACCGUGCCCUCCCCUCGUCCGAGGCACCAGAGCAUCAAUGGACCAGCCCGCAGGUGCUUGAUGACCACAUGUUCCUGCCAGCUGCUUCAUUCUUUGACGAAGAACAGCUCUAUAGCGCAAUGGACGCUUUCGGGGAGACCGACAGGGCCAGCGAGGCCGUGGAAACCCCCGUCGCCCGGCGGGUCCACUUUGAAGAGCGCUUCGACUCGUCAUCCGACAGUGAUUCACACACAGACGAUGAGAUCCCCAGUGAUUUCCUGCAGCAGGACAGCUUGGACCCGCAGCUGCGUCGGAUGAUCGAAAACGACAACGAAACUCACCGCAGCCACCGCCGGCAAUCAGAAGAAAUGUUUGGCGACACGGACUAUGGUCAUGGAAACAUUUACCAUGUCGAGUCCGAGGGGUCAUCCGAGGGCAGCCUGAGUGGUUAUGAAACCGACGAUGGCGAUACGACAGAUGAAGACCUGCCCCCGCCGGCCACCAUCACCCAUCCGCGGUCCCUCCUUCGCCGGGACUCGACGGACUCAUUGGUUCCCCCGGGUGAUGACAAGAGCGACAACAUCCCGCGCCGCCGCGGACCUAUCAUGGGCACUUUUGUUGCCGACCCCCACAAGCCCGUGGCUUUGGUUGACUGCACGGGCAAGCACCUCGUGAUCAUUCCGGCCUAUGCCUCCUCUCGCCACGACUGGCUGGAUUCUGCUGCCAACAGCAUGCCGGGCACUGCCAACAACAGCCCGCGCCAGACCACCUUGCAACUGGUUGACGAGAGCGACACGGAUGCACUCGCCUCGCCUAACCAGACCGAUUUCAGCCCGAUGCUGGCCUCCAGUGCUAAUCUCAUGAUGACUGCCCUCGGCAACGACCUGACUCCCGGCGGCCAAGUUAUGGGGCCUCCCGAGGCCUUCUACCCCUCACAAGACUUCACCAUCGACAGCUCAUUUGAAGAUGAUGACGAUGAUGACCCAGAGUCCGCUCUGAAUGUUGACGACUUCAUCGACUUUGGAAAUGGGUCCUCGGACGAAGAGGAGAUGGACAAGCCCUUUGAUGAUGAUACAUUGGCAUCACCCAUGACUGGUGGGCCUACUGUCCAGCCCAUGGGCACGCCGACCCCGAACCGCAACCCCGAGUCCCAGCAGGCCAACAACGCAGAGCGGUUCCUGAACCACCUUGACCAGGGUAUUGUGACCGCCUUCCGUCGCAACCACAACCGGUACCAAACACUGCUCCGUCUCCCGCAGCACCGCGAAUUCAUGCCGGCCAACUCACCCUCGCGUCCGGCCAGUGUGUUCCGGCACGCUAAGCACACCGACCAACGCACACCGACCCGGAAGCGCAAGGCGAGCGGGUUCGCGGGUGGUGAGGCUGUGCGGCGGAAGCUCAUGGACGCCCAGCGCCGUACUCAGCUUCCACUCUGA